AUGCGGCUGCGCUGCCUCCUGCGCCCCCCACCCAUCUCCCUCGGCACCCCCUCGGCCGCCGGCGGGAGAUUUGGCGCGCCCGACGGGGCACGGACGCUGGGUGCGCCGCACCAGCCCUUCAGCGAGAGGGGGCGGCUUCUCCGGUUCUACAGCUCCAAGGAGGAGGGCGUGGGAAGCGCGGACACGGCGGCGGGGAGCGGCGGCAGCAGCAACCAGCAGGACCACGCGCGACUCGGGGAGAAGGACCAGCAGGAGUGGCUGAGCGGCGAGCGGUUCCUCACCGGCUGCAAGAGGCGGGAGUCGCCCUUCCUCACCAAGCGCGAGCGCUUCCGCAACGAGUUCCUGCGCCGCGUCGUGCCGUGGCAGAAGAGCAGCCUCACCUGGAGCAACUUCCCCUACUACGUCGAUAACAAUGCGAGGCAGCUGCUGACCGAGUGUGUGGCAUCGCACCUGCGGAACAAGGACGCCACUUCGGAGUACGGUUCACGGCUGCAGUCAUCCGGUGGGAGGAUAUUGCUCCAGAGCUUGCCAGGAACCGAGCUUUACCGGGAGAGAUUGGUGAGAGCGAUCGCCCAUGAGCUACGCGUGCCAUUGUUGGUGCUGGACAGCAGUGUUCUGGCUCCAUUUGAUAAUGGUGAAGAUUGUUCAGAGACCGAGGAAGAGGAUGGCCAGGCGGAGUCAGAAGAGGAAGGCUCAGGAUCAGAAGCGGAAGAUGAAGAUUCUGGUGAAAGCGAUGACGAUGAAGCUACCAAAUCAUUGGAAGAACUUAAGAAGUUAGUUCCGCGCAGGAUUGAGGAAUUCGCCAAGAGAGUUGUUGGUGAGCAAGAAAAUUCUUCAGCAGCAGAAUCCACCACCGAGUCCCCUGAAGAAGAGAAAAGACCUCUCCAAAAGGGUGACAGGGUCAAGUAUGUUGGAGCGUCAGUGCUUGUUGAAGCAGAUAACAGGAUCAUUCUGGGGAAAAUUCCUACUCAAGAGGGAGCAGCAGAUGCCUAUACCUUUAUUAGCGGCAGAACUUUAUCAAAUGGACAGCGUGGAGAGAUAUAUGAGAUAAAUGGCGAUCAAGUGGCUGUUAUAUUUGACCCUCCUGACGAGAAACUGGCUGAUGGUACAAAAGAUGAAGCUAACGAAGACGCCGAAGAGGAAGAUGCUAAAUCAUCGGUUUACUGGGUUGACACUCAAGAUAUUGCGCAUGACCAUGAUACUCAGGCGGAAGAUUGGCAUAUCGCGAUCGAAGCCUUUUGUGAGGCACUGCCAUCUCUUCAACCAGCCAUUGUUUACUUUCCGGACAGUUCACAGUGGCUUUCUAGGGCAGUUCCAAGAUCAAAUCGCAGAGAGUUUAUCGAAAAGGUAGAGGAAAUGUUUGAUCAGCUUAAUGGACCUUUAGUGUUGAUAUGUGGGCAGAACAUACUCGAGGCAGCACCCAAGGAUAAAGAUCCGAAGGCGCUGGUGUUUCACAAUCUUUCUCGCCUGUCUCCACUGACAUCAUCCUUGAGGAGGCUGGUAGGGGGGCUAAAAGGGCGGAAACCUUCAAAGUCUAAUGGCAUAGCAAAGCUCUUCGGAAACAAAUUUUUUGUUCCUCUUCCAAAGGAUGAUGAGCAACUGAGAGUUUUCAAUAACCAGAUUGAGGAGGACAAAAAAAUAAUCAUUUCAAGGCAUAACCUUGUUGAAGUACACAAGGUGCUUGAAGAGCAUGAGCUAUCAUGUGAAAAUCUGCUGCACGUGAAGUUAGAUGGCAUUAUUCUGACAAAACAAAGAGCAGAGAAGGUCAUUGGAUGGGCUAGAAGUCACUACUUGUCGUCAGCAACUCAUCCUUCCAUUAAGGGCGACAAGCUAGUUAUUCCCCGCGAGAGUCUGGAGCUAGCAAUCAGGAGGCUAAGGGAGCAGGAGGCUUCACCUAAGAAGCUCUCUGAAAACAUGAAGAUGUUGGCAAAAGAUGAAUUUGAGCGCAAUUUCAUUUCAGCAGUUGUACCUCCCCAUGAAAUUGGAGUUAAAUUUGAAGAUAUUGGUGCUCUCGAGGAUGUCAAGAAGACACUGGACGAACUUGUUACUCUUCCAAUGAGGAGACCAGAGCUUUUCUCACGUGGGAACUUGUUAAGGCCUUGCAAAGGAAUACUGCUUUUUGGACCUCCUGGAACAGGAAAAACACUUUUGGCAAAGGCACUUGCGACAGAAGCUGGAGCAAAUUUUAUCAGCAUCACUGGUUCUAGUCUCACGUCAAAGUGGUUUGGAGAUGCUGAGAAGCUCACCAAAGCCCUUUUCUCCUUUGCGAGUCGGCUAGCUCCUGUCAUCAUAUUUGUGGAUGAGGUUGACAGCCUACUUGGUGCAAGAGGUGGUGCAAUGGAGCAUGAAGCAACGAGAAGGAUGCGCAAUGAGUUUAUGGCAGCUUGGGAUGGUCUACGGUCCAAAGAGAAUCAAAGGAUACUUAUUCUUGGUGCAACGAACCGUCCAUUUGAUCUAGAUGAUGCAGUAAUACGGCGUUUGCCCAGGAGGAUAUACGUCGACCUUCCAGAUGCGCAAAACCGAAUGAAAAUUCUUAAGAUUUUACUUGCCAAAGAAAACCUAGAAUCUGAAUUUGGAUUUGACGAACUAGCCAACGCAACAGAAGGUUACUCUGGAAGUGACUUGAAGAACCUAUGCAUAGCCGCAGCAUACAGGCCAGUUCAUGAACUACUAGAAGAAGAAAAUAAGGGGGCUAGUACAAAAACUUCUUUGAGGUCCUUAAAGUUGGAUGACUUUAUCCAAGCAAAAGCCAAGGUGAGCCCAUCCGUUUCUUUCGAUGCCACAAGCAUGAACGAGCUAAGAAAAUGGAACGAGCAGUACGGUGAAGGUGGCAGCAGGAGUAAAUCACCUUUUGGGUUUGGCAGCUAACAUGUUCCUGUAGUGUGAGUAUAAUCUGUAGUACCAUUAGCCCAUUGUGCUCUUAUUUAGCCAUACAGAAUUAAAUCAGUGGUAGAGCUUUCGCGUCUCAGCUUUGAUGACCGCCUUUUUAACUGCAGCGGCCAAUCUUGCCCUCUCUCCAUUUCUUAGUACUUACCUAGAGUCUAUUUGAGCAUUGAUAUGUCCCUGCAUCAACAGAGAAACACCUAUGUUUCCCGAGCCUGGUUAAUAGACAGUGUUAACCAUUUCUCCUGUUGUACCGUUGCCGCAUCCUGGCCGAUGCCUGAUCAAACUGUAAAUAGCUCCAGAAAUUUUGACCAGAACAACUGACAGUGUACCAUCUUAAAAUAAACUACGUGUUCUGUUGUUUCUUCGUGACUGUUUUC